UAUUUGGUGAUUAUCAAAGAGACAGAAGAAAGGGAAUGAAGAUAUAGUCACUGUAUAGUCUUGUCAGUUCCUGCGCUUUCAUUCAGUGCAUCGCGAGCUGUGCAUAGUGCUCCGGCUCAAAUUCUCACUCUUUGUCGCUCCACUCUACCUCAUCUCUGAUCUCUCUGGUCCCCUGAGCUAUGGCUGGUGCGGAUCCCUGGGACGAUAACUGGACCGCGUCUGUAUGUUUCUUCUGUUUGUUGGAUGUGUUGCGUUGAGUUGAUUGUGUCUCUAUACUCUCAUACUCUCACUCCCACUCUCACUCCCACUCUCACUCUCACUCUCACUCUCACUCUCACUCUCACUCUCACUCUCAUCGCAAUCCUCAAGAUCAGAGCACAGCUAACCAGAGCUACCUCGCAGAGCCCCUCCUCAACCCAGCAGCAGUCCACCGCCCCCGGCGUCAUCGUCGUCGAAUCAAACGACCAAGUCCGCAAACUAUUCUCUCCCCCGCGCGACUCGCCCGCCGCCGACGACGACAGCGCCCGUUCUGCCCAACCACCUAUGUACGUCUUCACCUCCUUCUCUGUCUCGUUUGUCCUUUAUCUACUAAUCACUCUUUUUAUAUAACAGCAAAUAUGAGGUCCAGACAUCAACCCCCGGCUCCCACUACAAACCCCAACUCCGCAUCCUAAAGCGCGCACAAGAUCACCCUCCAUCACCAACCACCGCUGUCGGCAGCAGCAGCAGCAGCAGCAGUAGACAACCAGGCGAGACCGAGACCGAGCGGCUUGAGCGCGUACGCAGGGAGAAAGAGGCAA